UUCUCAAUUAUUCUUUUAACUAUAUAUAUUCAUGACUGCAAGCAUUUAGAACCAACACAAAUCAUUCACAUCCUAAAGCAUUCAAAUCUGAAAAACUUGGUUAUUGCUUAAAAGUUUUUAUUUAAAAACCAUUUAUUCUCAAGUGUUAACACAUACAAAAAUGGGUUUUCGUUUCCCUGGUAUCAUCAGAAGGGCAUCUUUUUCUGGAAACCGAUCAGCUUCAAAAGCUGUGGAUGUGCCAAAGGGAUAUCUUGCAGUAUAUGUUGGAGAGAAACAGACGCGGUAUGUGAUCCCCGUAUCAUACUUAAGCCAACCUUCAUUUCAAGACUUGCUGAGUCAAGCUGAGGAAGAGUUCGGAUAUGAUCAUCCCAUGGGUGGCCUCACCAUUCCUUGCACCGAAGAUAUCUUUCAACAUAUAACAUCUCGCAUGAACGGGAUAUGAAUCUAACACCAGAAGAGACUGACAUAGUUUAGUAGUGAUAUUUUUUUGUAAACUCGCAUCUUAACAAAUUGUAAAGAUGAGAAAAAAUGACCAUUAGAUUGAGAAAUUUAUAGAACAAAUAUAUUUUGUUUAAUGACAAUGAAUUCGACUACUCAAA